UGCGCAUGCGCGGAUUUGUAGAUCUACGACCAACAACCGAACCAGAAGUGCAGUUGGUGUCGGGUCCUCUGCAUUUCUCACAUCUCUUACAACAAAAUAAUUGAUGAAGAGUUCUCCGAGCUGUGAAGACAGUCGUCUGAUGUUUGAUACUAGAGGUUCUGUUCAAUGAACAGAGUUUUAAUGCGGAAACAAGUGAAGUGGUGUCCUGUCGGAGGAUAAAGCUAAUAUUGUGUCACCCCUGUUAUUCUAGGCUGCUGUUGACAAGUCUAAAGUUCAUCGAUACAGGCUGAACAUUACCUCACUGACUGAGCAUUAAUGGCAUCCUGUCCAACUAAAUUCCCUCACUGCUGUCUCAACAAUGAACUGUGGAAAGCCUCAAGCACUGACUGAAGAAUGGCAAGGUUUAGGCGCAAAUCUUGCAUCACAUUAAUUGCUUUGGUGUUGCUUGUGCUCAUAGUAACAGUGGUCUUAAAGGCGCUGACACCAGAGGACUCUCCGUUCGACAACCCUGUUGGUGAACAGCCGGUCCUGGAGAGAAGGAAUGACAAUCAGAUCCAGAGAGAAUACGACAAUAGACUUGUCCAGAGCAAAAUGACUGACUCUGCUCAGUCAGAUAAACUGGAGGCUACACUGAGGAAGUUCCCUCCUCCAAACUACUAUCUCCAUGCCUUCUACUACACAUGGUACGGAAACCCAAAGUUUGAUGGCAAGUACAUCCACUGGGACCACCCACAGCUGCCUCACUGGGACUUGAAGGUGGCUCAGGGUUAUCCACAAGAUCGACACGUCCCACCUGAAGACAUCGGGGCCAACUUCUACCCCUCUUUAGGGGCUUACAGCUCCAGGGAUCCCUCCAUCAUAGAGUCCCAUAUGCAACAGCUACGCACGGCAGCAAUUGGUGUCCUUGUUGUGUCCUGGUAUCCUCCUAAUAUAGGCGAUGAUAAUGGUGAACCAACGGAUGACAUUGUGCCUUUGCUGAUGGAGGUGGCACACAAAUACCAUGUUAAGGUAGCAUUUCACAUUGAGCCUUACAAAGGAAGAGAUGAAGUCAACAUGUUAACUAAUGUAAAAUACAUCAUUGACAAAUACGGAGAGCACCCUGCUUUCUUCAAGUACCGUACAAACACUGGCAAGCUUCUUCCACUCAUCUAUGUGUAUGACUCAUAUCUGAUGAACUCAGAGCAGUGGGGCAAAUUGCUCAAACACACAGCAAUUAACAGCAUCAGGGACACCCCGUAUGACGCCAUCUUUAUCGCCCUGCUGGUUGAGGAGAAACAUAAGAGGGAUAUCCUUACUGCUGGAUUUGAUGGUGUAUACACCUACUUUGCUACCAAUGGGUUUUCCUAUGGGUCCACUCAGCGAAACUGGGACUCCCUUAAAGCUUUCUGUGAAGAUAACAACUUAAUAUUCAUCUUAAGUGUGGGCCCCGGGUACAUUGAUACAGGUGUUCGACCCUGGAACUUCCAAAACACUCGAAACCGCAUCAACGGUAAAUACUAUGAGACCUCGCUGAGUGCUGCGUUACAAGCCAGGCCUGAUUUCAUCUCAAUAACAUCCUUUAAUGAAUGGCACGAGGGGACUCAGAUUGAAAUGGCAAUACCGAAAACUGGUCAGACUGUGUAUAUGGACUACCUGCCCAAUAAACCUGCAAUCUACCUGGAGAUAACUCGCAAAUGGGCUGCCAUAUUUGGUGGGGAGCGGCGAAAAUGGCAGGAUUGAUCCCUGACUAAGAGCCAUAGCAAAUGUUAGGUCAUGGUUGUAUAAACGUAAUUAAGUUGUAGAUGCAAAAUGCACGAUAAAAUGCAAACGAUGAAUAGUUGUAGGAGAAAAUCUUAAUGAUUUUUAAAGUCACAGGCCAUUGAACUCAACUAUCAUAAUUAUGGCUGCAGUGAUGUAUGUGAUUUAUUUACACUUGGAAAAAUGACUGAUAAUUUAACUGAUGUCUUAUACUUGUGUUUACACAAACUUGUUUGUUGGGAAUCAUAUUAGACAGCAUGUUUUAUCACCGAUUUCACCGUAUCCAUCUUUGUGUGUAGGCAUGUUAUGCCUCCCUGUAAUCUGUGCCUGCAUUAAACCUUUGAAGAUUAAAUAAAGUGUGUCCUCGAAAGAAAGGAAAGUAAACAAAGCAA